AUGGAUAGUCCCAAUAAAGAAGAUACGACAGUGAAAGGAGAUGAUUCUAUUAAUCCUCCUACUCAAGAAUCAACAACUGCGGAGCUAGAGAAAGAUCUUGAACCCGGCAACUAUACACACGAAAAUGAGAAACAUUCAAAUGGAGCACAAGCAGAGACUCAACCUAACGGAGAGGAUACUGAAGAGUCAUCGAACUAUCUCAAUGGUUCCCGAUUAUACAUUCUCUCCGCUGCCUUCACAAUGGCCGGCAUCAUGCUGGCCAUUGAUGGAAGCAUUCUUUCUACGGCAAUACCGCGAAUAACCAGCGAGUUCAAUUCAAUCGAUGACAUCGGCUGGUACGCCAGCGCAUAUCUUCUUGCCCAAAUGUCCCUUCAACCUACCUUCGGCCGUGUAUACAUCUACUUCGAAGCAAAGAUUAUGUUUCUGAUAUCAUUGUUCAUGUUUGAAGUGGGCUCGGUCAUCUGCGCCGUGGCACCUAGUUCUCCAGUUCUCAUUCUCGGGCGCGCCAUUGCAGGCGCUGCUGCAGCGGGAAUGUUGACAGGGAACCUGGCAAUCUUUGGACAGGUUGUUCCACUGCGGAAUAGACCUCGAGGCAUGGCUAUCAUGACCGGGUUAUACUCCAUUGCAACACUCGCGGGACCAACUGUCGGUGGAUUACUGACGGACUCGCGACUGACUUGGCGCUUUUGUUUUUGGAUCAAUCUGCCGUUUGGCUUCAUUGCGGCAGUGAUUGUUAUUUUCAUUCUGCACCGAAAGCCAGGAAAACUUGCCAAUUUACCUUUGAAAGAGAAGAUUGGGCGCCUUGAUUUAGCGAGUGCAUCGGUUCUCAUAGCAAGUCUAGUGUGCCUGUUUCUCGGGCUGCAAUGGGGUGGCUCGACGGACCCCUGGUCUGCGCCUCGUGUUUGGGGCUGCUUGAUUGGGUUCGCGCUACUGUGUGCUAUCUUUAUUGGACUCCAAGCUCACCGGAAAGAAAGAGCAACUAUCCCGCUUCGACUCUUGCAACAAAGAACCGUAGCUAUUUGUUGCAUAUUCUCCGGAUUAUAUGGCGUUGCCAUCGUAACACACAGCUAUCUCCUACCAAUCUGGUUCCAGGGAGUGAAAGGUACUGACGCCACCCUGUCCGGGGUGUACAUGCUGCCGUUCACAAUAGCCAGCACAAUCGCCGUUCUAGUGGCUGGAUUUUCCAUGACAGCAUCAGGCCACUAUGUACCCUUCAUGUGGGUCGGCUCGUUGAUCUAUGUUGCGGGGAGUGUCCUAUACGCGACCUUGAAAACUAACAGCAAUGCCGGAAAAUAUUUGGGCUACCAGAUUCUCGCUGGCGCAGGAUUCGGUGCCGCGAUUCAAGUCACCUUCAUUGGGGUCCAAGUGGUCACCCCCGCAAUUGACAUGCCCACCGUCUGCGCACUGGAGGUAUUCUUUCGCCAACUCGGUGGGUCUGUUGGGAUUAGCGUGGCGCAGAGUAUCUUCCUAAACACACUGACAAGUCAUCUCCGGAGCAUUUCUGGCAUCGACCCGGAAGUUGUCAUUCACUCUGGAGCCAUCGAAGGAUCAUGGUCCAACGAGCUGAUGACUUCUUCCACAAUCAAUUUGGUCAAGGACGCAUUGAACACGGCAAUCACUAAAGCUUUUCUUUUGCCAAUUGGGGCCACGGCUGUUGCGGCUGUGUUUAGCCUGGGCAUGGAGAGACGCCAAAUUCAGGACGACAGGGUUCUUUCUCCGGGGAAGGGGACUGGGGUUAGCGAAAACGAGGUCAUUUCUCCGGAUAAGCGGCCCGCUGGGGAAUCGACUAGCAAUCCUCCACUAGAGGAGCACACCGUGUGCGAGAACGAGACGAAAGGGGGAAAAGGAGAGUGA